AUGGACGAUGAGUAUCCGUUGGUGAUGAACACCUGCGAUCCGGAGGAUGUGAUGCACGAGAAUGGCGAAACGGCCAUGCUUCAGAUGUUGAAGGAACACUUUGAGACGAUCAUGAGGAGGUUUGAUGCUCAAGAUGAACUCCUCAAGACCCUGGCAGAUGCACCCAGAGGCAUUGCUCGGGCGGAGAGGAAGCCCUUUUGGGAGACCUACAUGCCCUCCUUCCGUUCGACCAGAGAUGAUGUGUCCAGCUCAAGGGAAGAUGUCACCCGCCGGUUGGAGCUCCCAGAGAUCGAGCUCAUCGAGCCGCCCGAGCCCUGCGAGCCGGUCUUGUCCAAGGCGCCCGCACGCAAGGGCUCUCAGGACACCUCAGGCGCCCAGUACAACAUGUACCAAGCGCAGAGUGCACACCGGAAGGCCAUGGAUCAACAAGAUCGAUCCAGUCGGGCCCAUGGUGAAGUGAUGACCGAGAACAUGGGCAUGUACUCUGAACUGCACAACUCCCUGGAGCACAAGGUGAAGACUUCUCAACGUCUUGUGGAGAAGCUUCAACACCGAGCACACUCGGUGGAGAACUCCCUGCAACACACCCGGCAGACCUUGGCGAAGCUUGAAGAAGCGCUCAUCGCCAAGGAGGCGCCGUUGACCUUAUGUACCUGGCGCAUGGAGCAGCGGGAACGACGGCCCCUGAGGGAACAGGUGCGCGACACCGCGGAGGUGUGUCUCGAAGUGGAGAAGGCCACCUUGGUGGAUGCCCAGAGGAAACUCAAGGAUUUCAUCAAGAAAACAAAAGCAACCAUCCAUGCUUUGGAGACCAAGCUGGAAGAACUUCGCCAUGAUAUCCAGGUGAAGACUCAGGCCCUCUCGGUGGACGAGCUUUGCCUGCGAACCACCUCGCGGAGUUUGGAGACGGUCUCGGAUCGUUCAACGUUCAUGAGGCCCUCGGGCAGCCCGUCCUAUGCCUCACGCCCGGCCUCACAGGCGCGACGCCGGACGCAGGGCGCCCAGGCGGCGCGGCACGAGGUCUCAGUGCACGAGAGCGCAAGGAACGAGGUCUUGCGACAACAGGAGGCGUUGAGGCUGAAUCAAUCAGCCGUACAUCGCGAGCAAGCCGCCAAGGAGCUCCGGGACGAGGCCGUGAAGCUCAUCCAGCGCACGCAGCGCAGCGCUGAGGAGGCCAUGCAGAAGUCCCAGAAGUCCAUGAAGGAGCGUGUGAACGAGAACCAACAUGUCAGGAGGCGCUUGGAACAAGAACUACGAGAGACUUGCAACCAGAUCAACAUGACCAAGAGCACGAUCCAUGACACCAAGACACAAAUCAAAUCAUUGGAAGAGCCAAUGGAGUUGACUUCCACCUGUGCCUCCUGGCGCAAGCAGCGUGCAGCACGGGAGCACAUUCAAGAUCCAGUGACCACAACAUUGCAGGAGCAUCAGAUGACCUUGUUGAGGUGCCACGAGGAUUUGAGGCAGCAUCAUCAGAAUGAGAAGAGCGUCCUGCAAGACCUCCAGGAGAAGAAGGAGCAGUUGAAGGAGGACUUGCGAGAGAAGACAUGCGCGUUGCACAUCGAUCUCAAUUGCCUCACCCACGAGGCCACGUGCCUCAACGGGAAGCCCAGCCCGGCCAUCAGCCGGCAGCAAUUGCCCAAGGCGAUGAAGGUGCGCGGGUCGACGUUAAAAUGUCCAAAGGCAGCAGAAAUCAAGAAGCUCUUUGAGUACAGGAUUAGCCUCAUGGGAUGGAUUUGGACCAAAGAGCACAAGUGCCGAGGUCAUUCCAAUGAAGACCAGCAGAUGAAGAACGAAGCGCUGUCGGCACAUGCGACGCAUGUGCGGAACAUGUUUCACAAGAAGGACGCGGUGAACGUGGAGAUGUUGGGGAGGGUUCCCUGGCGCCAGCGUUUUCGACGCAUGGUGGAGCAUCCCCUGUUCGAUGUCUUUUUCGCCAUUGUGGUCAUUGUGAAUGCCGUGUUCGUGGGCAUUGAUGUCGAUAGCAGCAUCCCCGAUCCGACAGCUCGGCCUCCAUCACUGGAGUAUGCUCAGUAUACCUUCGCCGCCUUGUUCACCAUGGAGCUGAUCUUUCGAUUUUGCGCGGCAGGUUUCUAUCAGCAGAUGUGUUCGGAAGACUGGAUGUGGACCUUGCUAGAUAUCACCGUGGUCGCCAGUUCACUGGGAGAGAUCGGUGUACGGCUCUUUUAUGCCAUGCAGGAACAGGACGAGGGUGCCAAUAGCUUCAGUGGCAUUUCGAGUUUGAAGGCCUUCCGGAUCAUCCGGCUGACUCGAAUCCUGAAGACAGCGCAGCUGGUGCGGAUCUUCCGCUUCGUCAUGGCCUUGAGGACCUUGGUGCAGUCGGUGCUCCACACACUCAAAGCGUUGAUUUGGGCAAUGAUGCUUCUAUUGCUGAUUGUCUAUGUCUUUGCGGUUCUCUUUGCGCAAACAGUCAACGACCACAAAGUCGACUUUGACAUGUCCACAGAAAGACUACGAGACGCGAGCAUCCGCUAUUUUGGCUCUUUGCCUUAUACGAUGCUGACACUCUUCAUGAGCAUUGCUGGCGGCGUGAGUUGGGAGGAACCCAUUUUCGUCUUGAUCGAGAUCUCCACCUGGUGGACUGGGCUGUACAUAUUUUACAUUGCGUUCACAUACUUCGCGGUCCUCAACGUGGUGACGGCUGUGUUUUGUCAAAGUGCCAUCGAGUCCGCCUCGAACGACCAUGCUACGGUUGUCCAGAACAUGUUGGACAACAAGGAGUCGCACUUGCAAAAGCUUCGAGAGCUUUUCAGUAAACUUGGUGAUGAGUCCACCGGUGCGAUCACCUUCGGGGUCUUCGAGGAGAAGAUUCGGGCGCCGGCGGUGCGCGACUAUUUCGAAACCUUGGGCUUAGAUGUUUGGGACCCCUGGAGCUUCUUCAAGCUCUUGGAUACGGAUGGAGGUAGGCAUCAGCCCACCGUCUUCAUCACCCGCAAAGAUGGGGGUCUAAGCCACGAGACGGGUCUCCCGGGUCGUUCCCCCCUGUGUUUCGUUCGCACAUCAUUUGACAUCAGUACGUCCAAUGGAUUCCAUUUGAUGGUGUUCCAAUUUGCCUUCCCUGGCUUCUCAUCAGCUCGACGGCUUGGCAUGCGCGAUGUGGCUGCGAAGAUGCGCUGGCCGCGCAUCCGCCAAGUACGCGUGGGAGCCGACGAUGAGUAUGCAUCCUUGGACACCGCAGAUUUGCAGGCUCUGGCGCUGGAGCGCGGCUUGCCCGUGCGAUGUGGGGAGCGGAAGGAAGUCUUGCUGCCGCUGCUGCGCGGCUAUGACAUUGGACAACGUGCCGGUAGCUUUCUUCAUGCCCUGAGCGACGAACGUGAUGAGGUCGAGGUGGGCCUUGGCUCCAAGCAGACAACUCCGGUGUCCUCCAUGAGAUCGGUGUUGCAGAAGAUCCGAGAUUCGCCGGGGCACAUGGGCUGCGACAUCGGCGAGUCCUUUGCAAAGAUGGUUAUUGCCUACCAGGAAGGUCAAAGCGAAGAGGACAUGUUUCCAGAGAAAUUUGGAAGCUCCGGACGUUUCUUGCUAAGGAGAUUGAGCAUCUUAGAUGAGAGCUUUUUGCUCACGUUCCUUUCUGGUUCCACUGCGGACUUUGAGGCAGCCGCCGCCCAGCUGGAGCGCACGAGCCGCGAGGGCUGCUUGGGCCUGGCGCAGCUCAGAGCUCCAGCCGCACCAGUCUCACCCAGCAGGCAGUCUGAUGAGAAGUUAGCUGGUUCGGGCACAGCAUAUUGCCGGAUGGCCACCUCCAAAGCAGCCGGCAACUUCGCGCCCCACUUCUGUGAGGUCUUGCAGGUUGAUUUAGAGCCUCUUCAUGAGAUGCGUCCUCUCCUGGAUGGCUUCUUCUUGCUUGCGCAAGGCUCGCACAGCAGAGAGGGCAGCUUGAUGGAUCAAGAGAUCUUCACCAUUGGGGAGGACGGGGGUGUGAUAUCCAGAUCCUGGCCGGAACCAUUGUUUCCCCUGAUCUUGGUGGUCAUGGGCAGCGGCGUGUCGAUCUUGCGGGUGAAUUCUUUCAACCCGGGCGACUACGCACGAAUGGGUGGCACCGGCUGUGGUGGAGGCACCUUCCUAGCCCUGGCGCGGCGCUUGACCUCCGCAAACACGUUGGAGGAGGCCUUGGAGAUGGCGGCUGCAGGGAAUGCCUCCAAUCUGGACACACUGGUGAGUGACAUCGAUGGCACCGAAGGCUCUUUAAUGCCGAGCUUACAUGGGGACAUUACCGCUUGCAACUUUGGAAAGUUGAGUAAAGCAAACAGCAGCCAGAACUGCAGUGAGAAGGAUGUGGCGCGCUCCUUGUUGCAGAUGGUUACAGAGCAGUCCGUGCUUUUAGCAUUCUCACAUGCUCGUAUGGCAGGCUGCAUGAACAGGGUCUUCUUUGUGGGGAGCUUCUUGGAUCAGAAGAAUGCCAUCACGCGACAGGCCAUCGGGUUGACUGCCCAGAACCUUGGAGGAGGCAGUGCUUAUUUCAUGCGGCAUUCGGAAUUCCUUGGUGCCCUCGGAAGUCUUGGAGGUCACGUCGCCGAAGGCGGUGGUCUUCUAGGCCAAGCGCACGACUUACUUGCACAUCAAGGUGCAUCCUGGACGGUGACCAACAUGAUUCCUAGCAGAGUGACCGGAAUGUUCAACAGUCAUUCCGCCGAAGACAUGCUUAUCAAGCAGCGAGCAUUGACGACACACGAGUUGCACAUGCAGAUGUCUUUCAAGCAGGCCAAGGCGGAGGACAGCAGGUGCCAUAUCAAGUUCUGCCGGAUCCUCUUCAAUAUCGUUGAGAACCCAUUGUUUGAUAUGUUCUUUGCCCUUGUGGUGAUGUUGAACGCCGUUUUUUUGGGCAUUGACAUGCAGAUGAGGAUCUCAGAUCCGACGUCGCAGUCGGUGCCACUGGACUUUGCCCAAUUCAUUUUUGGAAUGCUCUUCACCAUGGAAUUGGGCGUCCGCUUCGCUGUCGUAGGCGCUCGUCAGUUAUUGUGUUCCAAAGACUGGCCGUGGACCUUGCUAGAUAUCACUGUGGUGACCGGCAUCAUAUGGGAAACUGCCCUGGAUGCGGCCACUGCAACUAAGGGCAUGUCCGAGACCGCGCCGACGAGCUCCAGUUUGACGGUCUUCCGCAUCUUGAGAGUGACGCGUAUUGUCAAGGUGCUCCAGCUCACGAGAAUCUUCCGCUUUGUAGCUGCCUUGAGGACCUUGGUGCAGUCCAUUCUUCAUACCCUCAAAGCGCUUUAUUGGGCGUUGCUGCUUCUGUCGCUGAUUGUCUACGUCUUUGCACUGCUCUUCUGUGAGACUGCCUCUCGGCCCCAGCCGCCGAUGUGUAGCACGAGCUUGCCUUAUGCAGCUUAUGACUAG